AUGGAAGUCCGAAUAUUGGUCCUUUUCUUUAUAGCCAUGGUCACGGGAAAAAGAAAGCCCCCCAGAUUCGCCCGCGGAAUGCGCUUCGACAAGCUGCUGCUUGACGAUGAAAAAUUCCUCGAGGGCUCUGGUUUUGGCGAGUUCUUUGAGCGAGAAUUGAAGAGUGUUACUGAGAAUCCUGAAGUGUUCAAUGAUGAUGACGAGUCUUUGCCGGAAGUGUCUUUUCCAGUAUUCCGCGCAGCUGACAAUUCUCCGGAAAAUCCUACGAAGGAUCAAGACACCGCACCUGAACAUAUUACCCAGCCUCAAGCUUCAACUGUAGCGAGCAGUUCACCGACGCCGACCUCAAUUACAAAAACAACCGUUUCUUCAACUACAGAGCGGAGAAAACUGCGGAAGGCGGAACGAAUUGCGCUCUACAAACAGCGACUUCUCUCAGAGCAGCAACUCGAUCCAACAAAGGCCACAACAUUGUCAACAACUUUGACAACAUCAAAAUCCCCUGUUCAAACAACAAAAGGGGAUAGCAUAUCAAACAACAGAAGAACCAACAACAACAAUCGCAACUUCAACAACACAGUAUACAACAGUCGAACCGACGAGUACGACAGAGUUCUUUACAGAGGAUCCUACUACUACCUCAGUUGCAUCAACGACAUCGAAGCCCGACGAAUCAGUUCCCAUUUGGCCCAGUGA